CUAAACUAACCUAUAAGAAGAUUGUUUACGUGCCGUAGCAUUUCAUAAGUACACGUUUUGUCAAUACUUCCGAACAAUGGCAAAACUCUGCGACGAAAAAGUAACGCGUAUGGAAGAUAUAUUGAAUACAGCAUCGGUGCUGAAUAAACCUGCACCAGAGCCGUUGCCUAAUAAUACCGAGAAACCCGAGAGACAACAUAUUCCGCGAGGCAAACCAAAAUCUGGUAGGAUAUGGAAGGAAGAAAAAACGAAAUUUUCUUCUAUAAUUAAAACGCGUGGAAUUCGACAGUCGUUCGCUAAGAAACAAAAGUUGAGAGAAGAUCUGAAACGCGUUAAAGAGAUGUCAAGGGCAAUCAAGGCACAAAAGCAAGCAGAAAAGGAGGCCAAAAAGCAACGAAGGAGAGAAAAUCUAAAAAGGGCGGAGGAAAAUAGAAAAAAGAGUGAAAUUGUGCAAAUUAUUAAAAAUACUGCAAAGAUAAAAAGGAUGAAGAAAAAACAAUUAAGAAUGAUUGAAAAGAGAGAUACAACUAAUAUGUAA